AUGGAUAAGUUUGUUGCCGUUACAAAGCCUUCCACGAGCCGCGCUCUUGGCGAUCAGCUCCAGCAGCGCAAAACAUAUCGCUACAAUCCAUACAGUGCGCGAAAAGCCGACGAACAGAAGUUCGCGAACUGGAAGGAUAAGAAGAGAACCGAGAAGAUCCUAGCGCCAUUGCUGAAGGAACCGGAAGCCAAGCCAUCCUCCGCAAAGCUCACUAAACAUCUCCUGAAUACUUUACAGGAUGAGUCUAAUCCAAUAACGCAUUCGGAUAUUUACCAUCGCUCGGAUUAUGUUACUUCUGCUGCGACGGGACAUCAACGUUCAGAUCGUCGAGUUAACCAGAAGAGCUAUUGGGAGGCGCGAACGGAAAAGCUUGCCCAGCAAUUACCUCCGACGCCCUCCGACGCCACAGUUCUUUGCAAUGUCCGCGUAUACAUCAACGGCUAUCUCGAAGAUACGACUGAUAUCGAGAUGAAACGGAUCGUCACACUUGCCGGAGGGCAAGUUAUGCACACGGCUUCAGGAGCAACACAUAUACUCACAUCACAACAAUUGAGUGCAUCCAAGACACAAAAGUUGUUGACCACUCGCUCGAAGAUCAAGGUGCAUGUGGUGAAGCCUGAGUGGAUAACAGACAGCAUCAGUGCAGGAAAACGACUACCUGAACGCAAGUAUGCUGUGAUCAAAGAUACAACAACAACGAGUCUCGCCGAGACGUUCAAGGCUGGGUCCACUGUACAAGAUGCAACGUUGGGUUGA